CUUAUAGCUGCCCCAGGAGCCACGGUGUUGGCGUUGGAGUUGGAGCUGAUGCACAGGAAGAAUGAGGAAGGCCAAGCUCUGGGGGCUGCUUGGGAUGCUCUUUGUCUCAGAACUCCAAGCUGCAGCUGGACAAGCUGAGGAAAAGAAAAUCCUAACAGAGGGGGAGACCCUGAACUAUCACUGUGUCUACACCCGGAAGCACUCCCAAAGCCAGAAGGCUUGGCAGAGGGUGAGGGAUGGAGGGAAAGCCGAGACGCUGGCAUUCACAGAGAAGACUUCAAAGAACAGUCAAGAGCUGGGGGGCAGGUACUUCCUAGAAGAUAAUACCACUCAGGGCGCAGUUCACGUCCGAAUGACCAAUGUUCAAGUGAGUGACUCUGGACUGUAUCGGUGUGUGAUCUACCCAAUUCUCAGCAACCCUGAAGUCCUCGAGUCUCUCCGCCUGGUGGUGACCAAGGGCCCUUCAGCUAGCACUUCCCCGGACAAGAAUCCUCCCCGGGACAAGGCUCAGACAUCCACCUUUCCUCCUGCCACAAAGGCCCCGGUGACCCAACCCCCACCCAAAUCAACUGCCGGUGUCUCCCGCCCUGGACUUGAAGUCAACCCCACAAAUGUGACAGACGUCGGCAGGAUCUCUGUGUUCAGCAUUGUCAUUCCUGUGGCGUGCGCACUUGUGACUAAGAGCCUGGUCCUUACUGUCCUGUUUGCUGUCACACAGAAGUCAUUUGGAUCCUAGGCCCAUGGACCCAUGAGGAUGACCUCUGAUCUCCAUCUACAUCCAUCUGGCAGUUGUGCUGGAAGAAGAAUGUGAGGGGGACGGGAAGGAAGGGGCAGCGACAUGAGUUGGAUCCAUUACAAAGGUUAUUUCUGAGGCUCAGGAUCUCGCCUUCCCAGUUCUGCUGACUCCCCUCAUUUCACUGAUGACCGUGGGGUGUGCUUUGCCCCCUUAAAAGAGCAGACACAGCCCCAAACAUGCCUUGACCCUCCAUCCCACCAACAGCUUAGGGUUUGCAUUGAAUAAACACAGAGUCCAAUGCUU